AUGGCGCAGCCAUCAAGUCCGUUGCUCCACAUGCGGCCUCCAAACAGCAUAUCUCUGCCCACAUCUUUCUUAAACAUUUUUCUUUCUUUAAGCAGUGACGCCACCUCCCUCAACAACACAAGCAAACUUGCUCUUGGAGCAAGCUCCCACUCUAGUCACCAUGAUGAUUCUGGCGAAACCGUCCUACCUCAGCCCGUGAUUUAUAUCAUCAUCGCAGGGAUCGCUUUAGCAGUGAUAUUGGCGGGAUUUGCGAUGUGGUCAUGUGUUCAAAAGCGCAACAGACGUCGUAGCCGAAAGGCAUCAUUCUCGAUGUCCCAAGCUUCUGAAAAAGAAUGGGGCACCACUCGCGAGAUGGCUGGCGGCAUGGAGAGCGUUUACCGGCACUCCGUCAUCACCUAUGACGCCAAGGCUCAACCCAAGCUGCUCUAUGAAGACUUGGAUUUCGGUCCAAUGGUCACCUCGCAACUUCCAAGUCAAAAAGAACUGAAUCAAUACAAGAAAGAUACCAUCGUGUGUCUAACCGACGUCUAUGGAAGUACCAAAGGAUGGGACGGCUCAGAAUUUGACUAUAUGUUAAACUCGCCAAAUCAAUUCCCACCUGCGAGAAGCAGUCCCGAUCUCUUAUCCUCGCUUCCCAAAGCACUUUUAACUGGGAACCAUACGGGUCGACAACCGGCUGUCCCGGGGUUUCGCCCAUACCGGUCACCAUCCGGCCAAUUGAUGGUCAAGCCGUUCUCUUCGACCAAAAUGAGCCCCGCUGAAGCCUCUAACGAGCUGCAAAAGAUCAUCAACGCGCAUGCCAACCUUGAGAACUUCGAUGACUUGUUCGACCACGGCGAAAGCUUCGAUUCUUCCAACCUCACAAACUCCUUUGAUGGCACUCCAAUCCAUUCAAACCCUGAACAUUUCCCUAUCCUCUUAGGUAGCUUCCCUGCUGCCCGUAAACUCUCCUCUUCCUUCUUACCCGGCGCUGAUAAAAGCUUGCCCAAAGAAAUCGUCCAACUUCCCCUUCCCCGGUAUAACUUCAAGCAAACCACUGCUUGA